CGACGAUCCUCCGAGUAAACGAGAGGAAAUGUAGAGUGGCCCAGAAUAAUUCCGUCUCUGUGGCAAAACUGAGCAUGCGCAUUUAGCUCAGUUUGACUGUUUGGCGGGAGAGUCAAGGAAAUGGCAGAAUCUGGGUCAAAUUCUUUGGAAAAUGGAUCACAGAACAGCUCGGGGGGUAGUAGUGGUGAUAUAGCUUUGAAAAAAAUCAAAGAGACCCGUUUAGAAAUGCGCGGCUUUACCUUGGCAAGUGCCACUCUCAUGUCAUUUUCGCAACAAAGUCUGUUCCUUUUCUUUGUUUUUAUGUCCAGCAUCCUGGAAAUGGAUUGCUCGCAAAGAUAUGUUGUAACAAACGGUCCAAAGGUGGUAAAAUCUCGUUACAUGCAGUACGAUAAGCCUAAAAUUACAAAGAAGAAUAAUGUUGCAAACACAACAGUAUUAUCAGCUGGAAAAAGCCAAGAAAAAAGUGGCAGUGGUACUCCCACUCGUAAGUCUAUGGCACCACAAAGGUUUAAAGCACCCCUAGUACCUUCUAACGUACCAGAUGGAAGUUUCUUAUGUAAAGAUGACUUGCAGUCUACUUUGUUGGAUGGUCACAAGAUUGCACGCCCAGACCUGGACUUAUCUGUUAUAAAUGAUAAAACAUUGCAAAAACUAACCCCAAGGGCCCAACAAACGUCAGAACAGAGAAAACCCAAGAGAGAAGCUUCUGCUUCUAGCAGCAUUUCAGAGGACUUGAUAGACAUGAUCGAAUCGCAGACCUUGAUAUUUACCUAUCUCACUAUGAAGAUGCAGAAAAAUAUUACACGUCUGGAAGAGAAAGCCGAACGCAGCCUGUUGCUAGUGCAUGAUGAGAAGACACAAUUACAGGAGAAAGUGCAACAGCUAAAACGGGAACUGUUAAUGACAAAAAGGGAAGGGAAACUCAAUGAUUUGCUUGAUAAGCAGGCUGAAACCCUUGCUCCUUCUACUGCCACCACAAUCCAAUUUAAAGACAAUUACUCCUCCUUUGCCACAGCUCUGGAUUUCACAAGGCAUCAGCUGCCUAUAAAAGAUAUCCAUAUCCCUGGCACCCGACAGAGAUUCCUUGAGGAUACUCAGAAACACCUAGCUUCCACCAAAGCUCUACUUCAAGAGGCCUUGCCAAGCCCUGCUAGUGACAGUAUGGAUUUGUUAGACACAACCAAAAACUUGGAAGAUGUUGUGCUCAAGACAGAUGCAGAGCUUUCACGGAGUUUGCACCAAGUACUGGACUUGUCUUUUAAAGUGAACAAAGAAGUAUCUCUACAAAACCAGAAACUGGUGGAGAAAAAUUCUGAAAUGGACCUUGUAAGGCAGUGGUAUUUUGACUAGGCCACCAAUUAAGUUUAGUGACCCUGAACAGUUUAGUAGCAUCUGAAGCACUUUUGACACAGAUUCUUAAUAUUCAGAACAUACUUUCAUGUAUUUUUCGGAAAUAAUGUAGUUUCAUUGGAACAUCAGAUUUUAUCAUCCACACCAUACAGUCUUCAUUCAGCCUGCACCAUGGUGGAAUUGUGAAGUUGCUUUGAAGUAAACAAGGUCUAGACUGAAGAGGUCAUUUCCUUGUAUAAGUGUAUAGAAAGUAAAAUUGCACUCUAUAUAAUUUGUUGUUUUGUUUGUGUUUGUUCUAUUAGAGGCAUUCACUUUGUGCAUAAUUUAGUAAAGCAAACCUGAAAUAAAAAUGAAUAUGCAGCAUGCUAUACUAUGUUUUUUAGUAACAUGAUAACCCCUAUUCACUUAAAUCUGACCAGUCAAAAUUAGUGAGCAGAAAGAUCAUGGCAGUCCUGGUCUUUGUUAAUUACUUCUGUAUGCUAAAACUUUCUUUUUCUGCUUUUAUCAGUUUAGUACAGAUUUUGUAGGAAUACGUCAGUACAAGUAGUUAGUGAAACUAGUAAACACUACACCACUGUUCCCACUUUAAAAAUCCUCAGCAUGAAACUCCAGUUAUAGUGCUGGUGAACCAGAUUACAAGAGUGAGACAUCACUUUUUACAGGAAUAUCAGCAAAGUGAAGGAGAAAAUUCAAAAUCUUCAUUUUUUACACUCGCAUGUUAUUGUAGACCCAGUUUUUGAAUUUUUACUAGAGGUAAAAGGAGAGAAAUCCCCUUAACGUUUGUAAACCAAUUUCUCUCGAGUAAGGAAAUACCUCAUAUCUGUAUGUAAAGUGUUUGACAGACGCAGUACUCAAAAUGGAAGGAGCGACAAUGGGAUUUUGGAAAGUGAGUUUUUCUGAAAUAGUUUUUGGGGGGUAUGUCACAUUUAGGAAGCCCCUUU